AUGCGUAAAGCAUUUACAUUUUUAUCUUCUUUAUCAAGUAAAAAACAGUCUUCUUCGAAAAAAACAAAAGCUUCUACACAAGACACCUCUAAACCUUAUAAUAACGUAAACGUAACUUCUACAAAAAAUCAUAAUGAUGAUUUAGAUAAAAAAUUUAGAAAAAAUAACUCUAAUGAUUUAAAAAAAUCAGCACCAGAGUUAAAAAGGUUGGAUCCUAUCACUGAAUUAAAAAGACAACAUUUACAAAGAAAAACAUCAGAUAGAUCAACCAAUUCCGUUACCAUAUCUACUUUAUCAAAUCGCCGGAGAAAAUCGCUUGUAAUAUUAAAAGAUAGUGAUAUUGAUAGUGAGAAACAUUUUGAUGAAGUUCGAAUUAAAAAUACUUCAAGUAUGUUAUUGAACCAAAAUCGAUCGAUGACCCCGGAUUAUCCUCCUCGACGUUUACAAUAUUCUCCUCCUGCGGCAAAAACCCCGCCUUUAGUACAUACUCCACGUGAAUUUUUAAAAGAACCUAGACCUCGUUACCUUGAAGAGCGAAGAUUCUCAUCCUCGGCUUCAUCGUCAUCAUCGGCGAGUGUAGAUAGUAGUGGCAGUAGAUAUCAUAGAGAUAAUAAUGUCUCACAUUAUCAUUUCCCACUGACUGAAAGAAUUCGCCGAGUAAAUUCAAUUAAAUCAAAUCAUUCAAGAAGUUCCUCCAUAAAAAGUGAUUCUAAUAGGUUGGUUGCUGGUGCUAAUCCUCCUCCUUCUAAUAGAAAUCAAAAGGCUAUUAAAAGGAUGUCAAUGAAUGAAUAUCAUAAAUAUCAACGAGAGAUGGUUUCUGCUCAAUAUUUAAAACAUGGAAUUAAUCCUGUUAUUGAUGAAUCUAUUCCUGUUAAUUUGGAACCUAAUCCGUCUCGAAUGGGAUCUACUCAAAGAGAUUUCGUAAAUCCAACUUCAACUAGGCUUAAAAAACGUCUCAGUGUAAAUGAUAGAAGUUGUCCUCCACCACUUGGACAAGUAAGAAAUACUUCUUACACAAAAACCGCUAGUAGUGAAUUUAAUGAUUACCGUAGAACAACUUCAGAAUCUAAUAUACAACCACCAAUAAAUCCUAGAUAUUCUAAAUAUCAUCUUACUCCACUUCAUUUACAUCAUCAUUCUGUUAACUCACUUUCCUCUUCAAGUGGUAGUGGUGGACCACCUUCCCCAUCUUCUCCUACAAGUAGAAGGUCUAGUGUGAUGUUUGGUUCUAACUUUGAUGGUAGUAGACCAAGUACUCCUUCUUCUGUUGGUAAUGGCUUUACUUUCGAAAAAGAAAAAAGAAGCAGAAUUUAUAAGUGA